CCCUGUUCUCUCUCUCUCUCUCUCUCUCUCUCUCUCUCUCCAUGGAUCAGUCUUACAAACCCAGAAGACUCAAAUCCCGGGAAGUAAGCUCACGCUUCCUAUCUUCCACAACCCCUGAAGCCUCCACGCUCCCUCUCUCGCCGGCCCGGAGAAAACCUAGCUCGCCGGUACCUGACACUCGAAAACCUGAUUCUUCCAUCUGCGGCGGUCUAUGGCCCUCUGCAACAACUCCCUCCGUCAAGAGCUUAGAAUCUCUCGCCUCUCAUCUCGUAAUCGAUAGACGCCAAGAUCGUACUGAACGUAAUAACCCGACCUUAGUCAGAAGCAGAAGCCGAAGAGAAGUUUUUGAUAACGAGAAAGAUAACGCUAAAGAGAAUCACAGACCGGUCAUCGGAGGGUCGGCGAGGUACACCGGAAAAGUCAAUUUUCCCGUAAAAUCGUCGCCGUCGUGGACUUCGACUUCAACGUCGUCAAAUAAACUAGCGGUGGAGAUAGCUCCGGGGAGAUUCUCCGUUGAUGGAAGUGGUCUAUAUCAGAACUCAUCAGCUCGGCGAAACUUUGAUAAUUUCGCCGACUCUCUCGAUUCGGGAUCGGAGAUCAGUGACGCAGGUUCCGGCGCAAAUAUUGGGUCUCCAAAUAUCGCUGCUCAUAGCUCGACGGCGAGCUCGAGUUCGAGGAAGUUGGGGGUUGAGGUUUCGUCUAAGUACAUGAGUGAUAUUCAAACAAGGCAACAUCGGAGAUGGACGUCGGAUUCUAGUCUAAGGAAUCCGGUUUCGGCCGAGAGCUCUUCGAAAAUGAACAAGUUUAACCUUAAAAAUGUGAUCAAGAGGGCUAAUUCGUUGACAGGGGCGACGCAGUGGGCGUUGUCGCCGGGGAGGAGCGCCACGCAGCCGUUGUCGUCGGAGAGUUUAGGGAAGUCGAGCUCGUUUUCAAGCUUGAAGCCGCCAUCUAGUCCUUCAAAAAGUAAGGGGGUGGAGAAGUUGCUCAACAUGGGGUUGGACUUGUUCAAAAGUAGAAAAUCUUCAAGGUCAUUGGUGAGGUCUAAUUCCGGCUAUGGUCUGUCCGAUACCAGUCAUCAACUCCGGUUGCUACAUAAUAGAUUGAUGCAAUGGCGGUACGCAAAUACAAGAGUUGAAAUUGUAAAUGGCAAUGUUGGUGAUCAAGCACAGAACAAGUUUUUGAGUGCUUGUGAUAGUCUUAUGAAGUUGCGGCAAUCUGUGUUGCACAAGAAACUGAAGCUUCACAAAGAAACCCUUAAUAUGAAGCUGAACUUCAUUCUACAUUCUCAAUUUAAGUCAUUGGAAGAGUGGGGAGAUAUGGAAAGGCAACACAUGGGAGCAGUUUCUAUGAUGAAAGAGUGCUUACAUUCUGUUGUUUGCAGGGUACCUCUUGUUGAAGGUGCAGAGGUGGAUACUCAAUCAGCUGCCACCCAUCUACGCAAUGCCUCAGAUUACUCAGCUUCCAUUAAGUUGAUAUUGGCUACAUUAGCUCCCUCGGCUGAGCAGAGUGCUGAGUUGCUUUCAAAAUUAACAGGGGUGGUUGCACAAGAAAAGUUGCUUUCUGACGAGUGUCUCGAGCUCUGUAGAAUCAUAUCAGCACUAGAGAUGGAAGAGAGGAGUGUGAAGUGUAGUAUUAUUCAGUUGGAAUCAUGGAAACAAGAGCAUAUUCAGCUGCAGCAGCAGCAACAAGGAUAGGAUACCAUGCGCGCCAUGACUCUUUCUGUUUUUUUUAGGAGUGAUAAGAUGAG